UAAAGCUCCAAGCAAUAAUUGAAAUUAACUUAGCUCUAACAACAAAAUACAAAACGUGAAUCAACAAAAGUGAAAUUAUUUGUUUUGUUUAGAAACUACUAGACAACAAGUUUUAUUAACAUAUAAAUUAUUAUUCAAAAAGUUGUUCAUCUAAAAAAUAAAACAAGAUGAGUUGUGGCAUGGGAAUGGUGAAAUAUAUUCUAUUUUUAUUUAAUCUUUUAUGUUCGAUAUGUGGCAUAUUAUUGAUUGUAUUUGGAGCUUUGUUGUUCAGCAACAUACAUUCAGUAGAAGAUUUUGCAGACGCACUUAAAUCCCAGCAAGUGCCUAUAACAAUGAUUGUUCUAGGUGUGGUUAUAUUAAUGAUUUCAUUCUUUGGAUGUUGCGGUGCUAUCAGAGAAAGUUAUUGUAUGUCAAUGACUUACUCCAUCAUGUUGUUUGUACUUAUGAUUGGCCAAUUGGUUUUGGUAACAUACAUGUGGCUGCAAAAGGAUAAAUACUUAAUCAUUAUGGGCGACGUUGUCGAGAAGGCCUGGCAGAAGAGAACUACAUCUGCGGAUUAUAUGGAUGCCAUCCAAAUUAGUAUGGAAUGUUGUGGCCGCACUAGUUACAUGGAUUAUAGUUUCAAGGGUUAUUUCCCCACUUCAUGCUGUAAGAAUCCACAAGACUGUCGUUAUGAAACUGUGUUUAAGACAGGCUGCAAAGAAGCUUUUGUUGGAUUCUGGGAUAAAAAUGCCGAUAUUAUUAAAUACGCUGGUUUAGUUAUUGCUGCUAUUGAGUUUGCUGGCUUUAUUUUCGCCUGCUGUUUGGCGAAUAAUAUUCGGAAUUAUAAACGUCGUUCGGCCUAUUAAUUUCUAUGUAAUUACUUUUUGGACGAACGAACAAAUUAAUAGUAAUAAUGAUAAAUGAUAAAUAUUAAAUAAUAACUUUGUA